CGGGGGAUGGGGGUGGGAGAUGGUUCCCAGCCACCUCACCAGGACUCUCACCCUGUCCGUGUUGUAUUUAUGCACCAGCAACCCAGGGUGGACAGGAACGUGGCAGUGACGUACGCAGUGGUAGGAAAGGGCGGCUCUCGAGUGCAGGACACCCAACCGGCUCCGUAACUCUGGAUCAGAAGGGGAGAAGUCAGAUCAGACAGCCACAGAGACGUCUCUCCCUGCUGCCGAAUCCCUGAGGGGCUGCUGUGAUUCUCAUCACUGCUCCCAAUGGUCCUGCCACUGGGCCUCUGCCUGCUCUGGGCGCUGGCUGGAAGCCAGGAAAUCUGCAGCUCUCCCGGUGAUCUCCCUGCCCCAACACUGAUACUGGACAAAGGCUCUGCCCGCCAUGGGGACACCAUCAUACUGCUGUGCCUCGUCCCUAUAGACACCUCAGUGACGCGCAUCAUCUUCUGUAAGGACGGCAAGGAAAUUUCAAUGCUGCCCAAGGAUGGAAACAAAUUCAUCUAUAUCUUUGAGUCAGCCCAGCCAGAGUCUCCAGAGAGCGCAGGGGAGUAUUCCUGCCGUUACCAGCACAAGGAUGACAAGAACCAGGAGAAGAAUUCUCUCCCCAGUACCCACCGGCAUGUGAGUGCACCAGAUGGUCCCAGCCCUUCUGGGAGUGACAGCUCUGGAGCAGAGCCAUCGCCCCCAGAUGGUUUUCUAGGACAAGGACUCAUUGUGGGACUUGCUGUCACGGCCGGCCUGGCUCUGGGGCUGCUGGGGUGUUUUCUGAUGAAGACAGCUACACGUCAAUGUAAAAACAAAAGGGAGCAAAAUGCAAAGGAGAGCACAGACGAAACUGCAGCAGGGAAGCUUAUUGAUGCGUCAUUUGCGGGAUGUUCCCAUUACACAGGACCUCGGGGGCAAGACAAGGAUACAGAGCACUAUGAAUCUCUGAACAUCAGAGCCCUGGAGAUCUCUCCUUAUUCUACACUUCAUCUGCAACAGAAGCGUGAACCUGCCGCCUCUGCAUCUCGGCUCAAGCAACAUGCCCUUAAAUGAAGAGUUUGGAAGAAAAGUGUUUCAAAGAUUGAGUUAAAUAUGUGGGUCCCUGCACUACAGGAAAGAGGACACAGAGAUGAUGGAGAAAUGUUUAAGAAACUUGAAAAUAUACAGAACAACAGAACUUGUCCAUUUGUUGA